AUGGUGUCAAAAGAUGGUUUUCCAUUCCGGGUUUUCUGCACCUCGUCGGAUUUACGAGACCUUUUUAAAGCUGGGGGCUAUAAGUUACCAAAAUCGCCUAAUUCUAUCAAAUUAAUGGUUAUGCAUUUCGGCACGACUGUAAAAAUUACCAUUAUUCGUGAUCUUCUAAAGCUGAAAGAGAGCAACCACAGAUUCACCCUCACAUUCGACGAAUGGACUUCAACGAGAAAUAGGCGCUAUUUAAACGAUAAUGUUUACGCCUUGUCUAAUGAAAAAUCUAUUUUUUGGAACUUAGGGCUGGUGCGGUUUUACGGAAGUCUACCUGCAGAAACAUGUAUCACUGUUUUAAAAGAAAAAUUAUCAGAAUACGAGCUAUCUUUGGAUAAGGAUGUAAUCUGUAUUACCACAGAUGGUGCCAAAGUCAUGGUAAAAGUUGGGAAACUCAUUCAACCCCAUCAACAACUCUGUUAUGCACAUGGCAUCCAAUUGGCUGUUUUGGAUGUUACUUAUAAACAAAAUACUUCUUCACAUAGUGGCCACGAAGCAUCAAAUGAAGAAAUGUCAGUGCGAAAUGAGACAGUUAGUGAAAGAGCUGAUGAGAAUUGUGACAAUGACUUGGAAAAUGACGAAAAUGACAUUUUUGAUUUGUCUUUUCCUACACCUACAAGUGAAAUAAACCUGACUGUGGAAUAUGCAGAACUUGUUAAGAAGGUACGAAAAGUAGUAAAACUAUUUAAAAAUUCACCUACUAAAAACGAUCUGCUGCAGACGUAUAUGACAAAAGACAUGGGAAAAAAUAAUUGUUGGAUUGUCAAACAAGGUGGUCAAGCCUGUGCGAAAUGA